AACAAAAACGUCGCAUAGAGCACAACGAACGAGCACAAAAUAAUAAAAAUCUUUUUUUGUUUCUACAACGUUUUGUUAAAAAUAUAUUUUUGUUAAGUUUUAGUUUUUCCUUUACCUCCCCAUCAACAACAACAACCAUCACCUACUCUUAACCGCUAACGCCGUACAACCAACAAGUCUAACAAAGACUUUUGCAAUAUUUUAAAACUUAAGUUUAGUUUUGAUUUAAAAUUUUUUAAAUGAUUUUUUUAAAAAAAGUGUUAAAAAUAAUUUGUGUUCGUUGUUUUUGAAAAAAAAAAUUAUUUGAAAAUUUAUAAAAUAAAAAGAAAAGUUUGAAACGAAAAGCCGGUGCAAAAAAAGUGCAAAUAUUAAAACAAACAAACAAUGGCUACCGUAACACAACAUAAUUUACAAAUGCUUAGCAAUGCCACCUAUGCCCAUUCUAUUGGUGGCAUGCCUCAUGGUUUGGGUUUGCUGACCACAGUGGCUUCUCUGCCACCCAAAUAUCGCAGUCGUUAUUUGAAUAUUAAAACUAAAUGUGAAAUUCCACUGGAUUUGUCUAGAAAAUCCAUGUCACCUCAAUUGGAAUGUGAAGUGCCCAUGGCUGCUAAUUUCACUGAGAUCUAUACCGAACGCUGCAGUGAUACCGCUUCCCAAGCAAGUGAUGAAAUCAUCGAUGAAUUGGUACAACAGUGUCAAAUGAUCAGUGAGAGUGAGAAUGCUGUUAGCAGUGAUAGUGCAACUAAUACCACUACCACCACUACUGCUACUAUAACCAUAACACAGCAACAACAUAACAAACCCAUUACACCUCCCUUGACACCCACUAAAAAGAGAAAAUUCUCGGAAACCAGUUCAGAAGCUGAAAGUGAAAGUAAAGAAAAUCAAGAAUCCAAAGUCUAUAAGGUUGACAAUAAUAAAACUAACCAACAGCCUUUGGUGGAAAAUACUCCAGCUAAACCCAUUAAAGUUUCGGAUACAGCACCCAAAACUGGCAAAAAUCAAACUACAUCAAACGCCAACAGCACAAAAAGCAAUCGCAGCAAUAAAGCCACAAGAAAACUUAAAUUUGAUGAAGAAACUUCAUCACCAGUAUCGGGUACCAUUAUACGCCCCCUGGAAGACAUUACCGAUGGCAGCAUGCAGUACAGCAAUGGUGAUAUUGAUCCCAAAUACAAUAUCGUUGAAAUAACCGAAGAAACUAAAGCCGAAUUGGCUGCCAUUAAAAAUGUUAUAGGUGAUUAUGUUUGUAAAUUGUGUCGCAUAAAAUUUGAUGAUGCUUUCGGUUUGGCUCAACAUCGUUGUGCCUGCAUUGUACUACUCGAAUAUCGUUGUCCCGAAUGUGGCAAACAAUUUAAUUGUCCCGCCAAUUUGGCUUCUCAUCGACGUUGGCAUAAGCCACGUAAAGAUGGUACAGUGGCAACUAUAGGUUCGGGUUCUACACAAACUAAUAAAAAAGAAAAUAAGGAACAAAAAUCGAGUAAAAAAUCGGAAGAUUCUGAAACUAUAUAUAAUUGUCAAGAUUGUGGCAAGAAAUUCAAACGUCAGGCUUAUCUCAAAAAACAUCAAUUGACACAUCAACAAAAAGCUGCAGCAGUAGAACAAGCAAAAUCCGAGGAUACUCAAAAUACUUCUACAACUUCUUCAGACAACUCUUCUCCCAUACAUCAGCAGCACCAGCAGCAACAACAACAAUCCACACAAGUAACCACCAUAGCACAAAUCACCAGUUCCCCCUUAACAACUAAAGGGCCUGAAGUUUUAUAUACACAACAGACGCAACAAGCCCCUCUUUAUGAUGAUCAAGAUGAAACUAUGUCAGAUUAUAGUUCAACCUCGUCAUCGCAAGGCUAUGGACGUUUGCAAAUCAUAGAAACCGGUUUAACCGAAGAGGAAAAUAUAGCAGCGGCCGCUUUAACCAACUUACGUAAUUGUGCCUCUGUUAUACAACACACCACUUUGGCCCAUUAGGGAGGAUCAUUUUGAAUGAGGUAACUAAGUGUAACUAAUAAUUUAGUAAUCAUUAAUUUAAUAAGGGGUUAUAAGCAAUACUAGCAGGUGAAUUUGUUUCCCAAAUGUACAAAUUGUAUAUAACAUAAUUUUAGGGUUGUUUAGUUUUGUCAUUUUCAAUUAGUUUUUGUUUAAAUAAUCAUUUUUUUAUAAAAUCCUUUAAAUUGGAUGAAAACUACAGCUAAAUUUUUCAAAACCAAAGAAUAUUUA